ACAAACGAGGCGGUAGCUGUAUGACCGAAUCUCGCAAGAAGUUCAGUGUUUGAGAAUUGAUGUCGGUUGACAUCCGUUUGAAACGGUUGUGAAUUGUUAGUGAAAGGCUCGUGAGGGAUUGAGACUCUCCGGUUACUAUCGCUUACCCCAUGCUAAGGCCGCUGGUGCGAUGUCGUGAGAAAGUUUAAGUAGCGAGUAGUGACGACAAACAGGUGUAUGAGAAGGAGUGCCGCUUUGUUGUCGUUCUAAGUGGCCACUCAUACCUCUUGCAGUAUAGCGACGAGGCGAAAUGGUGCUGUUACGUUAUACGCGUAUUUUUUAUUUCUUGGUUGUUGAGGUGCUAGCUAGUAGGUGAGGACACCUGCGCGUUGUUGGUUGAGGCCAGACUACAACGUGACGACACGGCUGGUAGUCAGUCGCCAGCCUGGCGCCAGCUCGUUCGCCACUCUUCUCGCGUUUCGUACCACAGAGUGUGGUGUGAAUGAUUUCGUGCGCGUGAGUGCACGUGGUCUAUCUUCCGGGUGUCUGUGCGCCGUUCCGGAACUGUUAAGACGCAGGCGCAGUCAACACAGAGAUAUGGCGAGAGAUUCUGAACAUCUGGGUCGCUUGUUGUGUGUCUUGUGGUUACUUGCAUGUUUGGGCGAAGUCAAGCCUACUAGGAAACUGCUAGCAAACAGUCCAUUUCUUGGACUAGCAACGGAGGAUGUGCAAUCGCAAGAGCAUCGCACCAAUGCAGGUGGUCACUGGCAGCAGGACAAAGAAUCUGUGCUAUUGAAGACUGAGAAUGUGCUGAGGAAGCCAGAUGCUUCUUUAUUUUCCCAAACUCAAUCACCAUCUAAGAGAGUCUCAUCUCUUCAUCAGGAUGUCACUUUCCCUGAUUUUUAUGCAACACAUGCAGAUCAAAAAUUUAUAAAGGAGGAACAGACGAACACAGGAAAAGAAUCCCGGAAAGAUCAUGUAGAUGUAUUGCAGAAGUUGGAAAUGAAGAGGAAGGUUCUCACUGCUUUGCAGUCCACUCCUUUCAUUGAUAUAUUAUGGAGUGUGUUUCAUUCUGGCAAAUUGCCCAAAACAGUGGGGGAAGCAUUUGAUGAGAAUCCGGCUGGCAAAUGGAAUCAUGCUGAUCAUUAUAGUAAAAUCAAAGAUCAUGUUUAUAACGGUGUGUUUGUGGAAAUCGGAAAUGGAGGAACAAGCUUGAGUGUUGCUUUGGCAAACUCAACAAACACAGUUAUAGUCUUGGUACCUGCAGGUGACAAUAAGAAUACUGCAUCUCUUUUGAAGUUUAUGGAGACUUCUCAGUUGAAGAAGGCAGUGUCUAAUCGCUACAUUUGUCAGCUAGCAGCAGACCAGAUAGCACCAGCUGCUAAACUAUUGAUGUCUGACUAUCAGGUUUUGUUUCGGACCUUGUUGCUAAGUAAUCUGUCAAUGCUAGUUGGGACAUUGCUGCCUCAUGAAUUCGAACAAUUGAUUGGAAGAUGUAUGUCAUUGGCAUGGAAUACGUUUAUUGUAUCAACAGACAGUUUUUUCAAGACAGGUUAUUUCUCUCACUGGAAUAGCUUAUCAGAUCUGUUGGAGAAAGCACUUGACACUGUUUCACUGGCUGUUGAUAUCAAGGAUAUUGGUGAUACAAAAUAUUCAUGGGGGUUGAUGUCAGAACCACGCUAUCGUAUUGUUCGUGUCACAUUGAAGAAUGCAGAACGUCCAAUUGAUUCAACAUGGUGUAUGAAAAAGAAGGCUGCAAUAGAUGCCGCAACCAAUGCAAACAAAGUGUGUGGCUUGUUUGUCAGUAAUGGCAAAGCUAAACUGCUGUUUGGUGACAACAGCAAAUUGGAUGCUCCUGUCAGGAAUGGAUCUAUUUCUUUGCAAAAUCUUUUGGACAUGGGGCCUGUGGCUUCCACUAUGCAGCAAAUUCUAGUAUCUCUUCUCAACAUGGAAUAUUCAAGGACUUAUUCGAGUAGAAAUAUCUUGAUUUCAGGGUCAACACUUGCAGAACUACAGUACAAUAGAAGUGAAUGGGAUCCAGAGACAGGAGAACACAGACUGGCUGCGUUUUCAAGCAAAGUUGCACGAUUGACUGAUCAGUAUGCAGCACAGCAGCUGUCUAAAAGUACAGUCCAUGUCAUUAAACAGGAAUCUAAAACUGUUGAUGUAUCUGACAAAAAGCCUGUUGUUGUUCUAUCUCAGAAGACAAAGAAACUAACACAAAAAGUUACCAGACCAUUAUCCCAACCUCAGACUCUCAAGAGACAUACUAAGCCUACAGAAGCAGAUAGAAAGAGUUUGUUGAGUGAUAAAAGUAAUACGAAACCUUCAAAAGUGAUGCAAAGACAAAAAGCUGUUCAAAGCCCUUCAAAGAUAGGGAACACCAAGGACAAGACUGCAACAACAAUUUUGAAAGAACAACCAGCUGAACAUGCAGCUGAUGCAUGGAAAUAUGAGGUUGAUGUUGAGGAGACAGAAGAGAAACAACACCUUGAAGACCAGUGGACUAGAGAGACUGAUGACAUAAUUUCGCCGAAACAAGAUCGCACUUCAGAAGGCAAAAACAUGAAAAUAGCAGCAGAGACACAACUGGAAGCAGUGAAAAGAGAACUUGAUAGAGAGACAACGUUUGAAGAACCUCAUGAGAAUUUAAAUAGAAUCACAGGACAGGAGUCUGAUCCAACUGAUAAGAUUCAAGCUGUUGGUGACACGGACAAAGAGAAGAGAAAAGAAGUGAGUGAUGAAUUGAUUGGACAAACAGUUGAACUGAAAAAGAAACAAGCUGAUGGUGUGAAAAUGAGAGAUAUUAGUCCAACUGUUGGUGCUAAGGUCACGACAAUUUCUCUGCCGAAACAGGCUGAUAAUCGUAAUAGUGAUAAUCGUAAUCGUAAUAGUGAUUUGAAGAGCAGGAUUACAAGUGACAGCAAACAGGAAAAUAUAAAACUACCACGUAAAGAUAUUGGAAAACAACCUCUUCGUAGAAGAAGAAGCAGUAAGGUAACAGGUCAUGAUGCACCCAAGACACAAGCAAAUUUAAAUAGGAGACAAAGCAACAGUGAGAAACAGAAUUUACCAAAUGCAGUUAAACCCGUUGCCGAAACAGGAGGUAGGAAGCAGUCAAUGUUGUCGAAAGUUUUAAGAAUUCCAGAUCAAGUGCCAAAAAAGACAUCAUCAAAGUAUGGUGUAGACAAAAUCCAUGAGGAAAGUAAGGCCAAAAUGGACACAAAAAUAGUACAAGGGCUUGGUACAAAAAACAAUGGUGGAGGAGAGCUAAAUACUGAAGAAACGAACACAUUACACAGACGACGGCUGCUUGCUUUAGAUGAAACGGGAGAUAAGACAGAAUCAAAAUAUGGAGAUAAGGUUGCUCAGCGAGACAGAAAAGACUCACUUUCCAAGAAGUCUUACAGUUCGUGGUUGAAACAUCAUGGAGAUCAUCUACCAUUGAAGUUGUCUUCAAAAGACACGGCAAAGGAGAAGAGUUCUGUGAAGCAAUUACUCACAAAGUUGGAGGACACUCUCAACAAGCAUGAGAAGUCACUAGAUAACAAAGAAGUGGAAGGAGAUGAACUGGAUAAUACUGAAAACUCUGACGAUGAAGAAAAUGUUGACACUACAGAACUACCCACUGAUCCACCUACUCCAAGUCCACUUGAGAAACUGCGUGCACUUAGGGAAAAGACACAAGUUCUAAAUGAUGUUAGAACGAAUCUGUUUGAUGCAGAAUGGUCAAGUGUGCAAAACAACAUCAAAGAAGAACAAUCGAAGAACUUCAGUGUUUUGACUUAUGGUGGUCAGCAGCAGACAUUGCUUGGUACCAAAAUUGCAAGAAUGUACCCAAACACUUCUGUUGUGACCAUUCUUCCUGCAAUGUAUCAAUCGGUUUUCAAGUCUCACUUGUCAAUGAUAGAGAGCUUGAGUCUGUCAAAUGUUUUAUCUUUUUCACAAGAUCUUACACCAGAAAUGGUUAUAUCACUUCAUUCGAUGCCAGACUUAUUUCGCUUUCAGUUUCUUGGUGUUGAAGUUUUCCAACCUCUUGUACAACUUGGACCAGGUUUUGUCCAUCAUUUGGGAAGAGUUCUCACUCUUGCUAGAACAACUUUUCUUGAGAUUCCUUCUCCUUCACAGCUGGCUACUGGAAUUGCUUUAUUGCGAGGACAGAGUGAGGCAGACUUGGGCAUUUUCAGGGGGUUUGUUCUUGGUGCUCUAAAGUCGGCGGGAGUGACUGACAGCUCAGUAUCUGUAAUUAAAGGGAGGGAUAUGAGUGAACGCUCCAUGAAUGGAUUAAAAUUACUGAAUAUCACCAUACUGCAGAUGUCCAGGAAGAACGCUCAUGAAGAGAUGGAAAGAACGUUAAAUAGAAAUAGAGUGCCUUUGGUCGUUCCAUUUUGGCUUCGUUUGUUGGUUUCCAGUACAUUGACAGGAAUUCAGGUGCGUUUUACGUGUGACUUGCGGUUUGUCCAGACUGCACAUUUCAACGAGAGUGAUACCGAAGAAGAUGAUCCCCCUGACGGUAGGCGUUCUACUCAAAGUCCUAAUUCAUGUUGUCCUUUAUGUUCUCUGGUGACAAGAGACACAGUUUCGCUGUUUCAACACAUAAAUGCAAACCACAUUUGCUACAGAAAUUUCCCGGAUGUUCAGUUCUUAGAAUUCCACAACCGUCGCUUAUGUUCAGAAUGUGGCUUUGCUUAUGGUAAUCGUUUCUCAUUUUGCCGACGUUCUCUAGGUCCUGGUCGUGGUAGAUGUCGUGGUUUGAUGACCCAUCCAAGUGCAUCAUCCUGGUUGAGUCAGUGUGAAUCCACAGCUGUUAACGGUGAUAUUGGAAUUCAGAAUUCACCGGAGGUAGCUCCAACAUCAGCUUCAAGGAUUACUUCUUCAUCAGUGCCUGUAUCCUCAUCUUCUAAUUUGGUGCUCGAGGGUAUUAAAGCAGCUUCUAUGAUGUCCUAUCCAGCUGUUGGUGACAUGGAAUUGUCUGUUUUCAAUUCACUGAUGAACGAAAUUGUCACCACACCUGUUCAGACAGUUACUCAUGUCCCAAAAUCAGUUAGACCACUUCUAAGUGUGGUUUUAGCUAAAGAAUUACGGUGUGCUUGUGAGGGUGGCCUGUGGGGCUUUGCUCGCCUCUUCAUGCUGGCCAAAGCUACCCUUCGCUGUCCUCCUCGUGGUGGGAGAAAGAAAAGGUACGUUGUAAAGGAAAUUUUGUAUUCUCGCCUUCAACGUUGGUUGGAUGGAGAUAUUCUAUCACUGUGGCUGGAUGUCAAGGCUGAAACUAACCCUUGCCAUGUUUCAUUGAAUUCCUCAAAUACCGCUACCACAAAUACUCGAAGAUCAUUGAGAUUGGCUUCAGAAGGUCGAUACAGUGAUGCACUUCAGGCUUUGGGUUCACGAGGUUGUGCCUCUCAUGACAGCAGUGAAGCUUUAGAAGAGUUGGCAAAUCGACAUCCAGUUCACGAUCUUCCUGCUUGGCUAGAGGAAGUCCCACCUUCACUAGUUGUGGACUCUCAGGAGGUUAUUUCUGCAUUGGAAGCAUUUCCCAAUGGCUCAAGUCCCGGUUAUUCUCAUCUUCGAGCACAACACUUAAUUGAUGCUAUACGAGGUUGCAAUGUUCCAGAAGCGCAGUCCUGUUUAGAAAACCUAACACGAUUGAUGUGUCUCUUGUUGUCUGGAAAACUUGAUCGCAACAUUUCUCCCUUCCUGUCUGGUGCCCCUUUGACUGCUCUCCAAAAGAAGGCUGGCGGCAUUCGGCCCAUUGCUGUUGGGGAAGUGUUGCGUCGUUUGGCUAGCCGUCUUUGCUGUUCUGCUAUAAAACCUCGCUUACCGGACGUCUUCUUACCAUAUGGUCAGGUAGGUGUUGGAAUACGAGGAGGUUUAGAGGCAAGUGUUCAUUCUCUAAGGUCAUACAUUGAAGAGAACAGUGCUAGACAUGACCUGUGCUGUUUCAAACUGGACAUGAAGAAUGCGUUCAAUGAAUGCCAUCGCAAUUCAUUCCUGAAGAGACUUGGCAGUGAAUUUCCUGAAUUGGUAGCUUGGGUACAGUGGUGCUAUCACUGUGCUGCUGAGUUGCGCUUUGGCUAUCAUCACCUUACAUCUACAGCAGGAGUCCAACAAGGCGAUCCAUUGGGACCACUGCUGUUCUCCUUAGUCGUCCUAGAACUAAUGGAUGAAGUUGGAGAAGUGCCUGGCUUAGACCUAAAUUUGUGGUACCUUGACGAUGGUACUUUUGCUGGCACACGGAAAUCUGUCUCAAAGUUAAUAAACUUCAUCAUAGAGAAAGGUCCUUCCCUGGGCCUUCAUGUCAAUUUAUCAAAGUGUGAAGUGUUUUGGCCUUCAGGAGAUCGAACACAUCCAGAAUUUCCACCAGAAGUACACCGGUUGUCAGAUGGAAUGGAAUUGCUUGGUUCUCCUGUGUUUGGUUCAUCUGAUUUCUUCACUAAUUGUUUCAAGAAGCGAGUCGAUCAAGUAGCAAAUACCCAAUCUCAUCUCUCUGAUCUUGAAAAUCCACAAGUGGAACUUCAGUUGUUGAGAAGUUGCCUGUCCAUAUGUAAAAUCAACCAUUUGCUACGAUCUGUGAGACCUGGGGUUGCUACGAGCACAUUGUCUAUUUUCGAUGAAGGGUUACGCCGAUCUCUCGGCCGGAUCACAAGAUCUUCAAUUUCUGACUUUGCAUGGUCACAAGCAGUAUUGCCAAUUGGAAAAGGAGGUAUGGGUAUCCGGGAGGCCUUAUCUACUUCACCUUCCGCUUUUCUUGGCAGCUGUAACUCAAAUCGAAAAUGA